GGAAUAGGGACAAAGAACGGAACUGCGAAGGGGAGGAGCAUGCACCCCUCCCUGCCUUGGUGCGCGCCGCGCCCCCUACCCUCGGAGUACCCAGCAGGGGACGCGAGGUCCAGAAUAGCCGGGACCGCCGCGAUGGCGCCCGUUGGCCGCCGGCUGACCGAGGUGCUGGGCUUCUACCCGGGCCCUCCGGGUUGGGGCGCGGCCGUCUUCGUGUGGCUCUUUCUCGGCACUUGGUGCACAGCUCCUACCAGUGCCAUCCAGGUGACUGUGUCAGACCCCUACCACGUGGUGAUCCUCUUCCAGCCGGUGACCCUGCCCUGCACCUACCAAUUGACCACGACACCCACGGCACCCAUUGUGAUCUGGAAGUACAAGUCUUUCUGCCGGGACCGCGUCGCUGAUGCCUUUUCUCCAGCCAGUGUUGACAACCAACUCAAUGCCCAGCUGGCGGCUGGUAACCCGGGUUAUAACCCCUAUGUGGAGUGCCAGGACAGCGUGCGCACCGUCAGGGUUGUGGCCACCAAGCAGGGCAAUGCUGUGACCCUGGGAGACUACUACCAGGGCCGGAGGAUCACCAUAACAGGAAAUGCUGACCUGACCUUUGACCAGACGGCCUGGGGGGACAGUGGUGUGUAUUACUGCUCUGUGGUCUCGGCCCAGGACCUCCAGGGGAACAACGAAGCCUAUGCGGAGCUCAUCGUCCUGGGCAGGACCUCGGGGGUGGCUGAGCUCUUACCUGGUUUUCAGGCGGGGCCCAUGGAAGACUGGCUCUUCGUGGUGGUUGUCUGCCUGGCUGUCUUCCUUGUCUUCCUCCUCCUGGGCAUCUGCUGGUGUCAGUGCUGCCCACACACCUGCUGCUGUUACGUCAGGUGCCCCUGCUGCCCGGACAAGUGCUGCUGCCCGGAGGCUUUGUACGCUGCUGGCAAAGCAGCCACCUCAGGCGUCCCGAGCGUCUACGCCCCCAGCACCUACGCUUACCUUCCCCCUGCCAAGAGCCCACCCCCAACAACCAUGAUUCCUAUGGGCACUGUCUACAACGGGUACGCUGGAGACUUCGACAAGAACAGCUCAGUAGGUGGCCAUAGCUCCCAGGUACCCCUACUUCGUGAUACAGAUAGCAGUGUGACCUCUGAAGUCCGUAGUGGCUACAGGAUACAGGCCAACCAGCAGGACGAUUCCAUGCGAGUCCUGUACUACAUGGAGAAAGAACUGGCCAACUUCGACCCUUCUCGACCUGGCCCCCCCAGCAGCCGUGUAGAGAGGGCCAUGAGUGAAGUCACCUCCCUCCAUGAAGACGACUGGAGAGCUCGGCCUUCUCGGGGCCCUGCCCUCACCCCAAUCCAGGAUGAGGAAUGGGGUCACCACUCCCCUCGGAGUCCCAGGAGGUGGGAACGAGAGCCCUUCAGAGAACAGCCCAAGAGUGGCUGGGGGGCCGGACGGCCCCGGGCCCGCUCUGUGGAUGCUCUGGAUGACCUCGCUCGGCCAGGCUCUGCUGAAUCCGGGAGGAGGUCUCCCCCAAGUAGUGGGAGGAGAGGCCGAGCUUAUGCACCCCCCCGAAGCCGCAGCCGUGAUGACCUCUAUGACCAUGAAGACCCAAGGGGCUUUCCACACUCCCAGGAACCCCGCUUCGAUGACUUCAGGUCUAGAGACCGCCCUCAUGCUGACCCUGGGUCCCGCUACCCACGCUCCCGGGAUGCUCGGAGCGAUAGCUCCAGGUCUGGGGACCCUCAAUAUGAUGGGCGGCUUCUGGAAGAGGCCUUGAGGAAAAAGGGGCCAGUAGAGAGGAGAUCUUACAGGGAGGAAGAGGACUACUACCCUCCAGCGCCUCCCCCUUACUCGGAGACCGACUCCCAGGCCUCCCGGGAGCGGAAGCUUAAGAAGAACUUGGCCCUGAGUCGGGAAAGUUUAGUCGUCUGAUUUCGUUUUGU